GUGUCCCCGCGCGGUGGCUGGCGGGCGCGCACUGAGGCUGCGCCGCACUGCGGCUCUCGGGCGGCGUUGCGGCGGGCGUUGCGGCAGACGUUGCGGCGAGCGUUGCCAGCCUUGCAGCCGUGCCGCCGCAGAGCGCUGUCUGCCCUCGCCCCUCGCCCGCUUUCCGCCUCCCCAGCUCGUGGGCGCAGAGCCCCGCGGCCCGCCAAGGCCCCGCACCCCGCACCCGCCCGCCUGCAGCCAUGGUGCAGCGAGCCGAGAGCUGGGCGCUGCCCAGCCCGCGCGCCGAGGACGCCCCGGGGAGCCCGGCGGGCGAGGCCCGGGCCGGCGCCGAGCGCGGGGACGGGCCCGCCGAGCUCGCCCCGGCCGGGGGCGAGGCCCAGGCGGCGGCGGCGGCCGAUCCCGCGCAGGAGGCGGCGCGGCAGCGGCAGCUGAACCGCAGGCUGGACCGCACGGUGGCCGCGCUGGUGCAGUUCCUGCUCAUCAAGGGCAGCCAGCAGAUCCCCAUCUCGCGCGCCGAGAUGCUGCGCUUCGUGCGCGGGGACCUGGAGUCCAUGUUCUACGACAUCAUCGCCAAGGCGGCCAUGAAGCUGCGCUACGACUUCGGCUUCGACCUGCAGCUGCUGGACCUGGAGCAUCACACCUACGCCCUGGUCAACAGCCCCCGCGCGACGGCGGCGGCGGACAAGGACCGGGACCUGGGCGCCGAGAGCGCCAAGCUGGGGCUGCUCAUGGUCAUCCUGGGCCUCAUCUACAUGAAGGGCAACUGCGUCCGCGAGGCCCAGGUCUGGGACCUGCUGGGCCGCCUGGGGGUGUGGCCCCUGAAGCAUUACCACCACUUCGGGUACCCCAAGAAGCUGCUCACGGAGGAGUUCGUGGAGCAGCAGUUCCUCAACUACCGGCAGGUGCCUUACAGCAGCCCCCCGGAGUACGAGUUCACCUGGGGCCUCCGCAGCAGCCGGGACAUCAGCAAGAUGCAAGUCCUGAAUUUCGUGGCCAGGCUGCAGAAGAAGGAGCCGCAGCACUGGCCGGCGCAGUACCAGGAGGCGCUGGCGGACGAAGCCUACCGGGAAAGGGUCAGGGCCAGGGAGGAGGCGUUUUUCACUGCCAGGGCCAGGGCCGUCGCAAGGUACGCCACCGCCACCCGCUUGUAGGGAGGCGGGUGCAAGAAGUGGCCCGCCAGGGUGCCAAGCCACUGCCUCGGACACCACCGUUGUGGGGGAGGGGGGAGGGAGGGAGGGGAGAGUGAUGAUUCUGUCGCAGUUGUGAUUGUGUCACCAGCGUUGAGCUUUUGUAUCUUGCCGCAUUUUAUUUAAUAUAUUGUAAAGUUGUUUAUACACGAGAUGGGUCUACUUUUACAGGGAGGGUUUGUUUGCCGUCCUGGGCUGUUUUGUAAAACGGGUUGGGAAAACGUUGCCCUUGAUUCUGUACCCCCUGGAAAUGUGCUGCGUUGUGAUGCAGGCCUUGGAGGCCGCUGAGCAGUAUGAUGGCGGGAGUGGGGGGCGGGGAAUGAUUGACUGCCUUUCCAGCACUGUUUUUGGUAUUGUAUAAAGAAUAAAAACCGACAUGUAGCUAUAUUUGCUUAGCUAUAGAAUAUAUAAGAGAAAAAAAAAAACAGCAUACCUUGAUGCACUUAAUAAAUUGUUUGUUGAGCAGCUUU